AUGUAUGGAGACAGGUCAUGGAUCAAAGCAACUGUGCAAUCGCUUUAUUAUAUAGGUCAAAUGACGGGAUCAUUAUUUUGCGGAAUAAUGGGUGACAAAAUUGGAAGAAAACGAGUUUUCUAUCUCGCCAUCGUCAUUCAGACUUUCUGUGGUCUGUUGCUCACAGUUGCCCCGACGUGGUGGCUGUUUGCACUGCUAAAAGCAGGGACAGGAUUCUCACAACCAGGGAUAUAUGGUGUAGCCGUCGUGUUGGGAAUGGAAUUAGUGGGUGCAAAGUAUAGAAGGCUUGGCGCCGUUGUAGCCGGCGCUUUUUAUGCCGUGGGAGAGAUGAUGUUGGCUGGUAUGGCGUACCUUAUCACUGAUUACCGCAUCCUUCAUGCGGCUAUAGCGUUGCCUUCCCUAAUUUUCCUGUCCUACUGGUGGUUGGUUCCGGAGAGUGCGCGUUGGUUGGUAACAAAGGAACGAUACGACGAAGCUGACCAAAUUCUUCACAAGGCCGCUCGAAUCAACGGAUCAUACGUUCCGGAAAGAUGGUGGGAACAAUUGGUGCAAACCCAGAACAGCAAGUACCAGUCGUUUGGUAUGAUCGACCUCGUGCGUACACCAAAAAUGCGUAUCAGAACACUAAUUUGCUUUUUCUUAUGGCCAGUGAACACCAUGAUGUACUACGGAUUGACUAUGAAAAGUGAUCUAGGCGGUGGCAGUCUAUACAUGAACUUCGCUGUCAGCGCUUUGAUGGAAAUCCCAGCCCUUCUGCUUGUUUACUUCCUUAUCGAUCGCAUUGGAAGACGUCAACUUGUUACUCUUGGUUUAUUAACAGCGGGGAUCUGUCUAAUUUGCAACUGUUUCAUUGGAGAUGACGUUCCUUUCUAUUGGGGAAUGCUACAAAUGAUGAUCACGAAGGGUGCAGUGACAGUUUCCUAUACUGCUAUGUACACUUAUACAUCCGAACUUUUCCCAACCGUGAUACGUAACACUGCUGUUGGAUGCUGCUCAACGAUUGCUCGAGUCGGAGCUAUCAUAUCAUCGUACAUGGCUUUGUGGCUGGUCGACUCGUACGGAAAGUUUGCCAUGGUCAUUCCGUUCACGGCGCUCUCGUUGGGAGCUGCAAUAUUGACGGGCGUAUUUCUACCGGAAACAAUGAACAAACCCAUGCCGGAAUCCAUAUCUGAGGUUGAAGGAACCGAAAUUUAA